CUGAUGAGGCGUCUGAUCAUGUGACCACAACCACUGUGACAGUGGUUACACCUUAUGAGCAGAAGGCAAUAUCCCAAGGAUAUUUUUUUCUUCCAACAAGGCUGGUCGGUGUUAGUGUUGUCUAAUUUUGGAGAUAAGAAAACUGUAUCCUAAGGAGCAGAUGCCCUGGUGUCUGCUGACUGCUGCACUUCAUAAACAUUCAAAAGAGUAGGAAACAUGAGGGAAUGGAUAAAUGUCAGAUUUGUCCUGCUAAGUGAAAGGUUGACACUCACAUACUGCUAGCUAUUGAUAUUGAUCAGCAUCAUGCAGUGGCACCAUCCAAUUGCCCAGACAGAAGGGAACAUGUUAUUGAAGACUACAGAGCCACCAUCCCCACUUUUUUAAUGUGAAAACAAUAAAAGAUGGGAAAUAAAAAUUCAGUGCAGCUUUUGGCACAUCCUACACCACAGACAUGACAUUUGGCUUUAAGGUUUUGGUGCAGCCUACAACAUGGAAAUGACAGUCAUACUUUUUUCAUAAGUUUAUUUGACCUGCACACAACAGUUUGCACCAGUCAUGAGUUUGCGAUCUCUCCGGCAGCGUUUUAAACCAGACAAACCAGAUGAACGUGAUGAUGGCAGAGUUCUAACUCCAAAUGAAGAAUUUGAGGUGGUUCCAUCACUGCCAGAAAAGGAUGAUUGUGACAGGAUGUCCUUCCAUUCGGCUGCCUCUCACAGCCCUGCAGAUGCAGAGUCAGUGGAGGCCAAGUUCAGAGAUGCACAGGAAAAAGUCAUAUAUGAACAUCAGCUGAAUCAGUUACAGGAACAGCUCGUGGCUGUCAUGAUUGACAAUCAGAACCUACAGCAGCAACUGCAAGAAUACCAAGAAAAGCUAGACAAGGACAAGACACUUGCGCUUUUAGAGUAUGAACGUCACCGAGCACAGCUCUUGGAAGAAAGAUGUGCUAAACUGGAAAAACAGAAAAGAAGACCUCAGAGAAGCAAAUCAGAUGUUGUAGUGCGACCACUUCUGCAACGGCGACUGUCAGCUGGCGACAUGUCAGACAUUGAGGCAGCCAGUGAAGCAGAGGAGGAUUCGUUUUCAGAUACAUCAGUUGAACUCCCCCAUCCUCCACCAACUCAAUCCAGGCUUGAUCGUAUGUGGGAAGGAUUACUACAGUUUGUCUAUGGCAUCAUGGAUGACUUUACUGAACUUCCAGCAGAAGAAACUGAGGAGGAUCCAGAGGGAGACCCUCUUACAGUCAAAAAAUUGAAGGAAAACAUCAAGAGAGCAGGAGCAGCAGCAAAGCCAUACAUUACUACAAUUCAGGGUAUCCACAAUUUGCUGACCUGGAAGUCACCACCUUACACUCUUAUUGUAUUUGUUGUGUAUAUGUAUUCAGUAUGGCGUGGUUGGUUCAUGCCUUUGCUGCUGCUCUGCCUUACUUUCCGAUUGACUAUUAACUACUUGAGAUAUAGAGGGUGGAAUGUAAAUUUUCACUUCUUUAAUUGCUCAGAAGAAGACAAAAAGGAGGUGGAGGACAAAGAUCUGGGAGUCUCAGAUAAAUUUAACUUGGUUCUGCAAGUAGCUAGAAAAGUUCAGAAUUUCUUGGGUUUAGCUGCUGAUAGCCUAGAGAAGAUUAAAAGUUUGUUAACUUGGCGGUACCCGCCAGCAACCAAACAGCUCUUUUUUCUACUCCUUACAUCUUGCAUAGCUUCCUGUAUCUUGCCAUCGUCACAUAUUUUCUUUGUAGCAGGGUUGUAUCUAGGCUUUAAAAUGUUCAUUCUGGACUACCUGUUCCUUCGUUUCCCACGCUUCAAGCUCAAAUAUGACUCUUCCUACAGAAUCUGGAAAGAGCUUCCAACAGAUGCAGAGUAUGAGAAAAAGUCUAUGAAAUCAGAAAUAGACAGGUAUAUAUUACCAAAGAGCAAGCUGGAGGAAGCAGACAAUUUAUCAGAAGAUACUUCUGUGGAGUCAUUAUCUGUUGAUGACCGUCAGUUUUGUGAACUCUUCUCACUUCCUCUAUCAGAAAGCCCUCUUCCUGGAUGGCAUGGAGGAAGGCGGUGUACAUUAAUCAAUCGUGAAAAAUCACUUACUGCUGCCUUUAAAAAUGGUCGUCUUUACUUGACACAUAGUUUCCUGUGUUUUGAAAGAACAAAGGCACCAUCAGUUAAAAAUAUUGUUAUCCCUCUGUCUGAUAUCACCCGGCUUGAAAAGGCCAAACCUUAUGCUUGGAUACCAGGAGGGGGUAUGGCUAUUGAGGUGACCGUAACAGGAUCUGAUAAAGUACUGUUGUUUGGAGCUCUGGUAAGCAGAGAUGAAAUCUACAACAGCAUUAUGGAGAUAGGCUUUGUUUUAGAUUUGCCGUAUGCCACUAAAAAUAACAAGCACAGCACAAAGAGGACAGGAAAGGUUUCUCAAGCUCGCAGAAGUUCCAAUCUUCAUUUCCAGAAUUUCAGCCUUGGUGUAGAUUGUGAUUCAAGUUAGAGACAAGCACUUUGUGUUCCCAACACAAGAGAGAGUGAAUGGGUCUGUUUGCAACUGCUUGAAUGUGCAAAUCUGUGAGGUGGAGAAAAAAAUUAAUGCAUUUCAAAUAAUGUUACUUUUGUAGCUUAAAUCAGUCCUUGAAUUGUUUUUUUUUCCCAAAGACAUGCAGCUGACUAGAAAAAAAAUGAAUUAACGGAUAAAAAACACUGAUAAAGAAAUUAUUAUGUCCCAUUAAUGCUUUCAUACUUAUAGAUUUUUCUUUCUCUCUUUCUAAAUUAAUUUUGUUCUUUGUUCUUAGGCCUCUUCGUUUUGGUAGUCCACAUAGCAAAAGCUUUUCAAGUAAUUUUGCUUUGGUUGUAUUUAUAGAUAACAGGAAACUGCGCGUAGAUAAACAUGAAUAGUAGUUCUGUCUAUUGCUAGAAUCUAAAGGCCUUUACAUCUGUCUACUUUAAUGUCUGCUUGUACAGUAGGUUUGAAGAUAAGCAAGUUUAUGUUUUUGAAAAUGAUUUAGGCCACUGUAGGAUAUGAAGGUAGACUGAUCAAAAAUUAAAAGAUAGGAGUAUGUUAGGUUUCUUGUAAUGUUGUUUAUUUGUGGGUUUCCUAAUGGCAGAUUGUACCCUGCCCAGUCCUUGCCUUGCAGCAGCUUUGCUACUCUCGCAUACUUUUAUGUGUGGUACAGAGCAGAAAGUGCAGUGUGUAAAAGAGAGGUCGAUGAAGGGGUGUAGAGGAUGUUUCAGUCAUGGUAUUAUUUGUACAUCUUAUGGUGUUUUUAUCUUUUGAAAUGAGAACCUAUUUUUACCCUCCAUUUACUUGUUUUUAGUGUGAGGCAUGGUAAAGGUUUCACCAAAAUUAAUGUUCUGUGUUGUUACAAAGAUGAGUUUACACUGUCAUAGUCACUAAACUCUCAGCAAUAAUGAAAAAUGAUAGCCUGGCAGCAUUACAAAGUACAUAAAGGUGUGGGUUAGCAACAAAUUCUGGUUUAACUCCAAAUAUUAACCAUAGUCAGAACAAAAAUAAUGUUUUUGGUAUAUUCGUUAUCAGGUUUUUUUUUUUUUUUGUUUUUUUUUUGUUGUUGUUGUUGUUGCCUCACAUACAACACUUUGUUUUAGCUUCUUAGCUUCCUAGCUUUCCAACAAUGAUUAGAACUACCUCCACCCUACCCGUUGUUUACAAAAACAGUGUAAAACAGACUAAGGCCUUUUUGAUGAACUGCGGUGUUACCAAAAAUGUGAAAAAUGCUUAAGGUGCAACACUCUCCUUCCAGUCUUUUCUAAACAAACAGUCUGAGCUAUGCAUUUCUGAUGCUUGAACUGGAUAAACAUUGCUACAAACUUGUAUAGGAUUUUUCUAGCAAUUCCAGUGGAGUUUUUUUACGGUUAUAAUUUACCAUUAUUUUUUCAGGUCUAGCUGUACAACAUUGUUUAGUUGAUAUUUUUACCCAGAUUCUUAUGUAAAGGUCAUUUUAGAAAGGAGAAAGAAAACAGUAUUGAAUUAUGUCAAUCUUUUGUGCCAAUAGUGACCUUAGAAAUGCAGCUUCAGUUCAUUGAUAAUGUAGACAUGUUUGUUCUUGCAUGACGUCAGUGACCUCCAUAGGGGUCGACAUGAGGACUGAUCAAUGCGGUCUUAAUUUUCUAUCAUGAUGUUCUGCUCUAGGUUUUCUUUUGUUAAAUUGCUAGAGCAGCAUAAUAAAUUUUAGAGAUGUGUUCAUUUGAAAUUCUUUGGUAGAGUUUACUUUUAAAAUUAUUUUCUACACUUUUUUUUUUAUUCUGUCUUCAUUGCUCCCUAAAAAUCUCAAGCACUUUCUUCCUCUUGCACUGUUUUGGGUGGUCUUUCUGCCAACUAUACAAACACACUCCCACCUUCUCUUUUCUUUGAGCAGCUGUCCUGACAUUAUAUCAAAAUAUUUUUGUAUGGCUGUAGAUUAGCCUAAUAUUUUUCAUGGGGAAUGUUUUGUUAUGAAUAUUGAAGAACAGAUAAGCAGGGAUUUAUCUUAAAAAGAUCAAUAUAACAUCAGUGGUAGUGAUAGUGGUGCAGAUUUUGAGCAUAUAAUAAUUGCUGCCAUUGUCAUUGGUAACUAAAACUUUCAAAACAUUAUGUGUGAUGUUCAUUAUUAAACUGUUAAACAUAUCACAGUCAUAAUGUUACCAUUGCAGAGCUUCAAAGCAUAAUGAAUUCUCAGAGAGUGGGUUUCAAUGUCCUUUAUUUUCUGGGGUUUUUUUUUUAGAGUUUAUCUGCAAAGCUACUAAUUUAUGUUCCGUUCACUUUUUUUUAUACAUAUUUCGAAGGAUCAUGUUUUCUUCAAAGUAAUACCUAAAAUUGAAAGAGUUAACAUUAGUUUUGACCAAUUGUUUUGAGGCAUUUUAUGUUUUCCAUUUUUGUUAUUGCUUUCUGUUAAUAUUCAGUGUGUUCACACAUUUUUAGUGGAAUUCUUUAUCCAUUUACUUCACACCAAUUUAAAGUAUCUAUAGUCUUUUUGAACGUUUUUCAUAGAUUCACUGAUACACAAAGGGCCCUACAUUAAAGUUAUAUUUAAUAUGAUCUUCGUUCAAAAAUACGUAUUGUUAAUCAAAAUGUGUAUUAAAACACUUCUUAGCAAUCUCUUAUGUCAAAUGCACUUACUGUGAAUGAUUAUUUAUUGUGCUACACAUUAAGGUAAUAUUAUUGCUUGCAAAUAAGGUGAAGAAAUCCUUAGAAACAAUAGCGUACUGUGAUGCUUGUUUAUUCAUUGUUGACGUUUAUUGAGCUGAUUUUCACUUAUCUUUUUCAGGGUCAUGUUUUACACUCACCAUGCUCAGUCUUGUGCGAUUUCAGUCUAGCUGUUAAGCAUAUAUGUUGACCAAAAAGAAUGGCUUUUUAAGUGUCCGUUGUUUUAAUUCCUCUCACUGGAAAAUAUGUAACUAGUUACAUUUAUAUGUUUGGAAUCUAAUUGAUGACUCUUAGUGUUUGUUGAUUUACUUUAUUUGAUAUCAUGAAAGCCAAUGUAUGGUCAUUGCACUGAAGUAUACAGCCACAAUCAACUUUUAAAAUUGAUGAACUUGCUCUUCACUGGUAUAUAUAAGGUGUCAACUGGAAGACAGUCAUGAAAUGGCCUUUGCUGCUGACAUGGUGUCAAACAACAACCAGCUGCAAAUAAUAAUAAUAACAGCGUUUUCGUGCAAAUAAUUGUUUUGCUAAAAUAAUGCUUGACAAAAAUCCUUAGCUCUCCUCCUGUAAACUGUCAAUGCUAAAUGUGUAGUUUUUCAAUAUUUCUGACUGCAGUUAAGCCAUGACACAGGUGCUGCAAACUGGCUCUGUUCAGUUCAGUUUGAUGCCAGCAGAAACUUUUGCAGGAAUAAUCAAACAAGGAAGACAAAAUUUACUUACCUGUACAACACCUAUAGCACAUAUGUGAUUACUACUAGCUUAUGGGAGACAGAUUUGUAGCCUUUCUCGAGGAAGUAUUCUGUCAUUCUUUGUAUCCUACCCAUAAGUUGGUAUACUUUCAAGUUUGUUAAAUACAUUUUUGUGCACUUGGCAUCACCAUCACAUUGUUAUAGAAUUCUUACAUGUCGUCAGUUCUUUGAGAAUAGCUGAGUAAAUUGUUCAUGUAAGCAGAUGAUUUUCUUAUAAGAGUACUUGAUCAUAAAAACAUUAACUUAAUGGUAAUUGGGAUUCGCUUAUAUAAAUCAAGGAUGAAGGGUGGGGUAGGAACUUGUUACAAAACUGUUCUCGUGAUCAGGGUGAAAGUGUGAGAAAAUCCUUUUCUUCAAAAGUUCACAAUCAACAGACCUGUUUGCAAUACUAUGCAGAGAGCACUGUUUGACUUAACAUACUUGUAAUUUCUUUAUUUUAAAAAAAAAAAAAGAUUUUCUUUGAGCUUCUACCAAAGGAAAGGAGGGCAUUGCAUCAUAAACAGUGAUCAGCCAUUAUACUUCACCCAUUUCUUCUAUGUACUUUUACCUAUUUUUGGCAUCCUUCAGAUGAUUUGUUUGGAAAGAUAUGUAUUGUAUUUUUGUAUCUCCAGGUAGCCCUUACAUUUUUAACUGGAUGAAUGUGGUACUAGAUAACGUUUAUACAAAUAUCAGAAGUUCACCUGCAUUAUUUAAGAGCCCUAGAUUUCAGAUGCUAUCAGUUUUGUACUUUGCCUUUAAAAAGAACCAAACUAAAACAUCACUUUCAAAUUGUGUUUAACUGAUUAAAAGGCUGAGCAAUAAUAUAAAAUAAGUUUACUAAAACAUACAGAAUCUUGUAGUGAUCCAGCUGUAGAGAUGUGAGAUGUGGACUUUGCUUGCUGAUACAAAAAUAAGACAGGAAUGCCACUGUGAGCUCCUCAAAAAGUGUUCUGAAUCUCUCACAUAUAGCCUAAGACUGACAAAUUUGUACAGAGUACUGUUGCCAUCCUUGUGGGGUUUCAGGAACCUUUUCUGGCUGCAGUGAAGUGGCACAAGCUUAUUUGGCCAUGUGACUUGGCACAACACUUUAAGACCCUUGAAAGUACCUCAGAGGUACCGAUCAGAAUACCUUGAUGACUGGUCUAGGCCAAGAUGGUAGACAAACAUAAGAGUGCACUGAUCAUUCUUUGCAUGACUUGCUCAUUUGCUGCUUGACAUAUUAGAGUGGUGAGUUCAGGCACUGCAUCUAUCCAAGUUCCCCUGAUGACUGGUGCUGGUGAGCCAGCAUAACUGGUUGUCAGCUGGUAUCAGCCAAGAGAUGAAUAACAAUAUUAUGUAGCCAAGAUGAAAGAUUUUAUGUCCUUCAUCCUGGUAAGGCUGCAGAAUUAAUAUUUUGAUGCAUCAAAAUGUAUGUUGCAAAGUAUGGGUUUUUGAUAGUGCAAGUGGCUGUUUCACAGGGUUUUAAUGUACUUUUGCAAACAAACAAAAAAAGAUUACGAGCAAGAAAUAUUGCAUAAAGAAAGUUUUAAAUGGCAUUGUGAAUACUGUGUGGCAAUAUUUUUUUAAAGCAUAAGUGACUGAAAUUAUAAAAGUUGAUCUGUUGCUCAGCUUGUGAAAACUGAUAAUACUUUUGUUGUCAUGAUCAACAUUAAAUUUGCUUGUUUAUUUUUAAUUAUGUUUUUUAAACCAUAUAUGUCUAUAUGAAUGCCUGUGCAUUACAGAAUGGAGAAAACUGAUUGCUUGUGAAUUCAUUUUUCUCCAUUAAAGUUCAUGAACAUGAACAUAAAGCUAGUCAAAAGCACUAGUUAGUGGCUUUGGUCAUAUUUAACUAGGAGGGUCCUGGGCAGGGACUUGUGAAACAGACACAUUUUAUGGAAAGUACCAGGUUCAUCUAUAUUUCAUGACAAGGCAUGCUCAAGUGGCGAGCCUUUUCGGGAACUACAUCUAUGCUUCCAAACACCCACUUCCCCGAAUCCCCACCCCGAUGACCAGUACCACUGAUGUGAAAUUCAAAAUUUAUCAAAAUGUGUUCUGCGAAGGAUUAAUGAUUCCAGUUUACCCAAGCUGCUAAAAUCAUGGAAACAUUCAAAGCUUGUCAACAUUUUUGCAUGAGACUUCUUAAAUGAACUUGUUUCUUAAAAUGUCUCUUUCAGGGAUUAUUGUGUAUGUAUUUGAUUAGUCUGUCUUUAAGAAGGUUUGUCAAGUUCAAACGUAUACCUGUCCAUGUUUGGUUUUGUUGUUGUUUUUGUUUUUGUUUUGUUUUUUUUUUUUUGGGGGGGGGUGUUACUCAAAGAUUUUGUUUUAUAAAUAUAACAACAUUUAUUUUUUGUCAUUUCUACCUUUUCCUGUCCAUAAGUUUCACACUUAAAUACCCAUUUUCAUUGCAGCCUUCAUUUUGUUGUCAUGCAUUGACGUGUAGCUGCCAAAAUGUUUCUUAUUGUCAGAAUGUGUGUGGAUUUGUGCCUUAAAUGUAAACAUCAUGCUGAAUUGCAUUACACGAAAAAAAAGAUUUUACUGUUAGAUCCUGGGGGCCAUUGCUAAGCACAACUGAUUCUAAACUAUCUGUCACUCGUAAAUUGAUAAUUGUAAUGUAUCUUUUUGUGUCUGUGUAAUUUUCAUUGUUUAUAAUGAGGCUUUUUUUUAACAAAACAUCCCAUAUUGAUGCAUACCAAAGGUUUGUAGUACAGCAUUUGAAGAGCCAGCACCAAGCUCAAUUUCUGGCAGCUGACUAAUUCUGAUGUGACAACAAAGCAAACUAAUCUGUUUCCUGAUUAGAGACAGAAUGCAUUAUCAUUAUUCCCUUGCUUUACAGUUCAGUUUGAAAUCCUGUUGAGCUACAGAUCUGUGUUGAGUGUUCAGCCAUGUUCAGAGUUAUUUUGUGGGUACAGCUAACUCUUCACUUGAGCCUUAAUGCAUCCUCCUCUCAUCAUAUAAAAUAUAUAUUCUGGAGCAGCAUUUUUUUAAAAUAAGAGCUGAACUACAGUACAAAAUGAUGGAGGUUUUUUGAAAUCCAGUCCACAGAGGGAAGCAAUUUUUUUUCAAAAUUUGAAUUUUUUUUAUGUAGCAUUUUGCCUCAAGUAUAAUAAAGAUGAUAAGAGGAAAAUAUUUCAUGAGACAGUAUGAUACUUUUACCUGUUGUAUCGGACAUGGAACUGAGUAUAUUUUUGGUGGGAUUUGUGCUGUGAUUUAUGCUGGCUGUAGUAUUCAGCAAAGCACCGGGGUUUUUUUUUAAAUAUCGGGCACAGGGCAGUCAUAUACGUUCUUCGCAGUCUGGUGAUGUUCUGUCUUUGAUGUAACCAAGUGUUCAUAUUUACCGCAAAUAAAAGCCUAUAUUGUGAA